AUUUGACCUUUAAACCUUGCUGCCUCAAACGGAUCAACUUAGUAUGAAACUUUUGAUUUGAACAAACGGAUUAAAAUUAUACAUAUCAGAUGAAACUAAAUUGAAACUGAAACGGCGUCAUCUGCAAAAUAAAAGCAGAAUUUUCAAAGUUUUUAUUCCUCUUUCUUUUCAGGCAGUGCUAAGUAUUUAACUGAGUAUUUUCUGUUUUAAAGAUGGUUUCUGUUUAUUGAUUGCAAUUAUCGAUAAUAAAACAAGAAGUGUUUACCAAGGGCAGCACUAACUAGAACUCCUUUCCCGUGCAGCAAACCUACCCAGCAGUUUAGUUAGAAACCUUCAAAGGAUUGCAAUGUUAUCAAACUUCAACAAAACCUGGAGAUCUUUCCAUCUGAUCAAGAUGCUUGUCCACAUAGGUUUUAUUCCAGUUUCUGAGGACAUAAACGGAUACUUGAAGUUUAAACUUGUGUCAUGGAAAACUGUAAUGGCAUAUAUGGUAUUUUGCAUAAUUCCAUUAGUAAUGCUGAUAUAUGCCCAAACACAAAUAUCUGAACAAAGUUCAGGACAUCAGUUAACAAUAAUGGAGGAGAUGGCAAAACAUAUUCACACGAUUCAAAAUAUUGGAAUGUCGUUGUUGUAUCCAAUCCUAACUGGUAAAUUGGUGGACAAGUCCCAGAUAACACUGAAAGUAAAUAAGCUUUAUAAGAAAAUGUGGCUACUAAUGUACAUCAUUAUGAUGGCUGUAGUGAUUGCAAUACAUCUUAACAAUGCCAUUGUACGUUUUAACAGUAUCAUGCUCCCAAUUGCAUUUCUAUUCUUCUAUACUUUAAACAUGAUGGGGAUUAUUGUGGCUAUGCUUGUUAUUUGUUUUGUCUGUUCACCAAUCAUAGAAGAAGGAAUCCACCUAGAGGUAUCGGACUCAGAGAUUCAAGAUAUGAUUGAGAAGUCUAUAUUGCUAAUGGAGAAAACAAGGAAUAUCAAAAAAGGAUUCAGUCCGCUCCUCUUCUCUAUUCUCCCUUUCAUGAUAGUCUUUGUUCUCUACUUUACUUUUAUUGGUAUAAAAUCCGUGUCUGGUGGAAGGUACCAUUUCUUAGCACCUGAUGUGCUUAGUGUCUUAGGAAUGCUCCUGCUUAUCUACUACAUCAUCAGUUUCUGUGAUGAAACACAUCAAGCAUUGGCAGCAUACAGUCACAAACUCAGUUUGAUGGCUUUAAAAUGUGCUGAAUGGGAAAUAUCUAGACUUCAAAUAGUUAUAAACAUGCUUGACAAGGAGGCACCAUUUGAUGCUCUUGGAUUCUUCUAUGUGGAGAAGACAACCUUUAUGACUAUUAUUAGCAGCUCAAUUGCUUAUCUAGUAAUUAUGCUCCAGUUCAAUUAAUUAAUGUUUUUCCUGCACAACAAACAUGAAAUUUAUUAGCUACAAAAAAGGGGUACUCAAACUAGCCAUAGUUAGUAAACUGCCCCUUAAAGAUUAAGCGCCUUCAAUAUCAACUUAAAUAGGGAUUGGUCAAAUUUUAA